AUGCAGUACAAGGAAGACCCGAACGCCAUCACCCAGCCAUGGAUCGGAUGUUCGCCACAAAAAGCCAAAUUACUCUGGCGCCGUACGGCUGAGACGACUGAAGUGGGACCAUGGAGCAAAGCCAUUCAGGAUGAAUACUGUACCAUCAUCGCUGCCCCCGCGCCCACCCCCGCGUCCCCCUCAGCGUCCAAAUCCGUGUCCAGUUCAGCGCCCAAUGUCGACAUACUGGCUCGAGCGACAUCCGACGACAUGGAUAUACUCGUUCAAAGAAAGGCAUUCGUAGUCACAAAGCUUCGCACAAUCAUGGCUGUUCUCGAGCACGAGCCGGACGGCCUGAUACCGAACGUCCUCUUCACGAGAUUGACGAGACGUUGGUCGGCUACGAGGACCGCCAAUAUAAAGGAGCCUAAACGGAGAGAUUUCAGCAGCUCAAAGGGUCUACUCAUACAGAUCGACGAAGACGGAGUCGAGGUGCGACCUUCUCUCACCCGCUCAGACAGACCGACUACUAUCAACCCUGCCGUCAGUUAUGUGUGCUGCCCUGACGCAAGAGCACUAUUUGGGACAGACGUACAUGUCCAAGACAAUACCGACGAUAUUAGAGAGACCUUCGAUAUCGUGCUGUCUUGUUCGCGAUCCAGCGGACCCCGAUCCAAGGAAGAUUCCGCAUGCCAGGACGCAGAGACGGAAGCGCACGCUCACGUGGAUGCGCUAUACAACACAUAG